AUAUAUAUAUAUAGCACUAUAUCCUCUCUUUAAACAAACAUUCACCACCUUAUUACUCUCAUAACACAUCUCUCUUCCUCUCUCUCUCAUACACACACACUCUUCUAUUCUCUUCCAGUACUUGUAGCAUCCUCAAGAAGAAUAUGACAUCAAAUCAAAUUACUGAGAGAUCACCAUCAAUGGAUAUGGAAUCAUGUGUACCUCCAGGGUUUAGAUUUCAUCCAACAGAAGAAGAACUUGUAGGGUAUUACCUCAACAGGAAGAUUAACUCACUGAAAAUUGAUCUAGAUGUUAUUGUUGAAGUUGAUCUCUACAAAAUUGAACCAUGGGACAUACAAGAUAGAUGCAAGCUAGGAUAUGAGCAACAGAAUGAGUGGUACUUUUUCAGCCACAAAGAUAAGAAGUAUCCUACAGGAACAAGAACUAAUAGAGCCACUGCUGCUGGAUUCUGGAAAGCUACUGGAAGAGAUAAAGCUGUGACUUCCAAAAACAGAAUAAUAGGAAUGAGGAAGACACUUGUCUUUUACAAGGGACGUGCCCCAAAUGGAAGGAAAACUGAUUGGAUCAUGCAUGAAUAUAGACAUCAAACCUCUGAACAUGGUCCUCCACAGGAAGAAGGAUGGGUUGUGUGCAGGGCAUUUAAAAAGCCAAGUCCAAGUCACAGGCCAGGUUAUGAACCAUGGUAUAGUAAUCAACAACAACCACAGUAUUUCAGAGAUGAUCAAAACUAUGCAACAACAAGACCUUUAUCAAUUACAGAUAUUUUGCAUGAAAAUCGUUUACUCCUUCAAAAUCCUGCAGCUGAAGGUACAAGUUUUAGUCACCCCUUUAGCAAUGAUCAACAGUUUCUAUCAAACCAAAAUACUCUUGUUAUGGACAACAAACAACUCAUUGAACUUCCACAGUUAGAUAGUCCAACAACAAGUUUUGCAAUCAAAGAAAAUACUCAUCACAAUGGACUCACAAUUGAAGAAUAUUGCAGUGAAGAAAGGAGCAAUAAUAUUAAUAAUAACAAUGGACAAGUAAUUGAUUGGAAAAGCUUGGACAAUUUGUUCACUUCAACAAAUCAAUUUACAGAUACAGCUAAUUACUUUUCAAAUCAAAAUAGCAUGCCAUUGAUGAUACCUCAUAGUCAACAUGAGCUACAAUCUCAUCAAAAUCAAGCUAAUCAUAUCUUAGGUUGCUUUCCUGAUUCAUAACUUGAGUGUGACAAUAUAUAUAUUCAUAUAUUAUAGCCAAUAAGUAAGAUGAUAUGGAUUCAUUAUAUCUUAGUUUUCCAUUUCAUCUUACUACAAAGCUAAUUUAGAAUUUUCUGAUAUUAUAUACAUUUUUUAAGUGAUAAUGGAGAUUCACUUGAAGAGUGACCUAGCUCCAUAAUUUGUUUAGAGUUCAUAAUUUUCUUUCUUUCUUUUGGAUUACCAAUUAUAAGUUUAACUUUGUACUGUGUCCUUGGCUAUGUAACUCAUAAAUGUACAUUCUCUUUUUUUGCAUGCAUA